AUGUCGACCUUCUCGGGUCGGGACUUUGCCCUCGGCGUCGUCGUCGGCGUCGUCGCACCCUUGCUCCUCGGCUCCGCCGUCGUCGUCGCCGUCCUCCGAGCGAGCGACAUCUACAGCCUGGGCCACUGGAAGCUCAACGUGCGCACGCCCAUAAAGUCCAUGUGGAUGAACCUGGGCUACUGGACAACGCCCGACGGCGAGCCUGUCGAGCACUUCGACGACGCCUGUCUCGGUCUGCUGCGGGAAAUCUUGCAAACCGCAGGCCUCUUGCCUUGCGGCACGGACGGCACGCCCGCGACCGAGUCUCGGCCGCCCAUCUCCGUCCUCGACGUCGGUUUCGGCUGCGGCGACCAGACCCUCGCCCUCGCCCGCCUCCUUCAGCCUCGGGCCGCUUCCGACUUUCGCUACGUCGGCCUCACGCUGAACGCGAGCCAGCUUCAGGCGGCAUCCAGGGCCAUCCACGACAAGUUUCCCUCCCCCUCGGUCGACGGCACCGCCCUCGACGAGACGUGCUUCCGCGUCUUCCGCGCCGACGCGGCCAAGCCCGAGACCUGGAGCCCGCCCAUCCGCGCCGCCGUCGAGGAGCUGGCCGACGGCCGCUUCGACGAAAAAUGGCUCCUCGCCCUCGACUGCCUCUACCACUUCUCCCCCUCCCGGAAGCCCCUCUUUCGGUACGCGUCCGAGACGCUCGGCGCGAACCUCAUGGCCUUUGACCUCGUCCUCGACGAAAAGGCCGGCUGGCGGAGGACCAUGCUCGUCCGCGCCCUCGGCUUCGUCCUGAGCUGUCCGUUCGGCACCUUCCUGACCGAGCAGCAGUACAGGCGGCAGCUGGUGGAGUGCGGGUACGACGCCGACGAGAUGACGCUUCGCGACAUCUCCGACGACGUCUUCUCCGGCAUCGCCCGCUACCUCGAGCGGCAGGAACGAGCGCUCGGCCGCUACGGCAUAUCCAUCGGCGGCUACAAGCUGACCGGAAGGGUCUUUGACUGGUUCCACGCCUCGAGGGUCGUCAAGGCCGUCGUCGUCGUCGGCCGCACGGGCACGAAACAGUCGAGCGGAGCCUCUUCAUGA